CUUAAAUGAGCGGAGUCCCAUUUACGCUUUCAUUGAACGUCACGUUCACCAUCUGCGGGAUACACUCUGAAAUCUGAAGGUGUCUCGCUUGCGCUGCUUACUCGGAAUUACACGAAGGAGGAUCCUUAACCAAUCACAAGCGCCCGCGGACAAUUACACCUUACUAAGGGAGAUCGAAUAGAAUUUCCAAGCCAAUUUUUGUCAUCGUCCUAAGGUCUCCGCCCACCUCAUCUCUUCUUCGUUCGAAUAUCCAGAACAGCGCAACACAAAGCGUCAUCUUACGAACCGAUAUGGCGACUUAUUCGGCCCCAGCAGCGCGUCUACUCACUCUCUGUGAGAAUGGAGAACAUGAGCAGCUUCUCUCAUUACUCCAAGACAAUGCAACACUCCGGACCGUUUUCAGUCGCGAAGCCGUCGACAAUUACCCAAACACGAUCUUUGCCGGCGUAACACAAGAGUACCUCAUCUUCGAGCGCAUGCUUGCAGCCGCAUCACGGGGUGGUCAAGUAGACCUCCUCUCGGCCCUCCUCGACUUCGGCCAGCGGCAUGGCGUCGCCGCGCCAUACAUGGUUACUACAGGUGUCGUCUCUGCCGCACUCCACCAAGUGACAGACUCGCUGGGUCUUCUACUUGCCCUCCAGCGCGUGGAGCCCGAGGUCUUCUCCAUCCGACUGCCAAUGGGUCACCAUAUUCUCGAAACUGUGUGCCUUGGUUCCAAACGCGAGCCGCGAGUGCGUCUUCCUCUCCUGCGUCACAUGAUGGAUAUGGGGAUUGACCCCAAUAUGCGUUUGUAUCUUCAUGGAAAUAAACCUGGUGUGCUCUUGUACAAAGCCUCCAGGUUUGCGUGCGUCGAGAUGGUCGAGUGUUUGCUGCAACAUGGUGCUAUUAUCGCGAAGUCAAAGGCCCAGCGCGCCGCUGCGCGUUUUGGUCGUGUCGAUGUGCUGGAAGCUUUGUUGCGGUAUGGAGCCGACUUGAAUGAGUGCUCUGAAGCGAAGGACAUGGAUGGCCCGGCAGGUGCUGCACUUCACGUUGCUGCUGCGAAUAGUCAAGCUGAGGCUGUGCGGUGGUUAGUCGAGAACGGGGCAGAUUCUAUGCAGGAGAACUGCAAUAGACUGACGCCUAGAAACCUACUCUCUAAAGAGAUCAAUAAGAUUAUAUAGAUGUUAAUUUGUUGCCGGAUAUGGUUACUACUUCACGUGACCUGGUCAUGUAUAUAUAU